CAAGCUAAUGCCGGUGAUUACUGCCGUUUCUUAAGCGGCGUAGCACAACCUCUCAGUAAUAAUGAUUAGUACGAUCUGUGCCAACGUUCCGGCCAUCUGGCACGUUUACUUGCCGCACUAACUUUCAAGAGCAGAAGCGUUCUAGGAUGUCUUUAAUUUCUAACCCACCUUACUUCAGCGUCAUGCGAAACAUAGCUGGACCCACUUGCGCUUUGGCUUGCAAGCAAUUACCGGCUUAAUACUGCUAUUUACUACAUUAAGAAAAUAAUUAGAACAACCUGACACCGUAAACAUGAUUUGCCUGCUUACAGUCGUAUUGGCUAUGGUUGCGGGCACUGCUUUAGGCAAUGACGACCUAGAACGCACGAAACUGCACGAAGAUAAGCUAUGGCAACGAUCCAGUCAUCAAAUGGCAUCUAUAUCCGUCAACAACGCUGCCGUCGGUAGUCUCUUGACCCCGUUGCUGGGCUACCAAUUCCUCCUUCCAAAGACCCAACUCCGCGCGGGCCUUGCUUACUUGGGCCCAAGAACCAGGUUACGGCGUUUUGUGCGGGACCUCUUGACAGGCCGCAAGCCCAUGAGGAUUGGCGCUAUAGGCGGCAGCAUCACCUGCGGUCAGGGCACAAGCAACGCCACGCAGUACGGCUGGUUCAGCGUGCUAGGGCGCUGGCUGGUGGACUCCUUACCCGGCCUGCAUGUGAGCGCGCGCAACGGUGCCGUACCCGCCACCCCCUCCGCCUUCAUGAUCAUGUGUUUGGAGCUGAGUGUGGAUCCGGAUGUGGACCUGGUGCUGGUGGAGUACCAGGUCAACGAUGGCAUGCAGGAUAAGGUGUACAACAAUGAAGUCGUACGGGGGAUGGAGCGGCUGCUGCGGAGGCUGCUGGACCUGCCGGGGCGGCCGGCGGUUGUGUUCAUGCAGGUUCCCACGCACGGCAUGGCUCAGGACCCGCCAGACGCCGUUCCCUUCCACGUAACCAUGGAGGACUUGCAAGGCGCCCUGUCCCAGUACUACGACGUGCAGUACCUCUCAAUGCGUACGGCACUCUUCAAGCUGGCUGCCGUACAGCGGCACGCGGGUUUCACUUGGCGGGAGCUGUUCGUGGACCACCACCCGGGCGAUGCGGGUAACCGGGUGAUGGCUGACCUAGCAGCCUUUCUCAUCCAGGAGACCGCUUUGGACUUGCUGCUGGACCCCUUCACCCCGGAGGAGGAGGCGCAGGCGCGGGAGGGGCCCCUGCCGCCGCCCAUGUACAAGGGCAACCUGCCCCCCACCGCGCCCAUGUGUCUCCUAGGGGAGGGCUUCAAAGCCGUCGUCACCCUCCUUCCCGACCCCUCCUCCUCCUCCUCCUCUUCCACCACCUCCAAUACCACCACCGCCACCGGCCCCUCGCUCCUCCCCUCCCCGCCGCCCUACCCCGCCGCCACACCCUACCCGCCCCCGGGUCCCCCCGGCCCCCCGGCUCCCCCCGCACCUCCCCCCGACGCGGUCGGGUUCUUCUGGGUUGUGGAGGGGCACGAUCCGCAGCACCCCAAAGUGGGCUACGUCGCCAACAGGGCCGGGUCGGAGCUGCGGCUGCGGCUGGACACGAGGAGGGCGGAGGGGGCGGAAGCGGGGGGGGAGGACCGCGUGGCUGUGUUUUUCCACCACCUUCGGUCGUACCAGCACAUGGGGGUGGCGGAGUUUAGUUGCGUGUCGGGUUGCACCUGCGAGCGGCAGGAGGUGGACGCGCACAUCGCCGAACACAUCUCCCAGACCUACCUGGUCAGUCUGUUGGUCAGCCAGUCCGCUGCAUGUGAGGUGGCGGUGCGGGUGCUGCCGCGGACCACAAGCGGGGAGCACAAGUUCAAGAUAUCCGGGGUGGUCAUCUCCGAGUCCCCCCGGGGGGCGGGUGUGGUGUCGCAGAUGGCGGACCAGGCGGGGGCGGUGCGGGAGAACCUGGUGGCCACAAACGUGGUCAUCGCCGCGUCUGCCUCGCCGGGGGGAGGAGGGGGAGGGGCGGGGGUGGCAGGGGGGAGUGCAGCGGCGGCGGGGGGAAGGAGACGAAGCAGGAGGAGACUGGUGAAGCAUGGAGGGUAGGUGUUGGUGGGUAAUUGGUUAGGAGGGGAUGGGAUGGCACGGAUGGGUAGGUAGUAGGUGUAGCAGGAGGGGGUCCGCUGGUUUGGGUUUGGUGGUGUGCUGCCUGGUGCGGUGUCGCUAGGUGACGUGGGGGUGGGGGUGGGAGGUGCUGUGGUGGUGGAGGCACGAAACAUGGGUGACAAAGACCAUGCCAAACCAGAAGUGAGGGCAAGACAAAGGGGAUAGGAGGCAGCGGGGGAUGCCACAAGACAAGGGCUGGGGGAUAAAAAGAGAAAACUGACGAGAGCUGUGUGACGAGGGGAGGGCGGAGGGGGCGCGGAAGGAGCAUGGAUGGCAGGUCCCUGUCAGGAUAGAGGAAGGUAAGAAUAGUAGCUGGAUACGGAGGUAAAGGCGGUUGGGUUGUUCGCUGCGUGUGCACGUUGCUGCAGGUGGGUGGACUUCUUACCUCCGAUGUGGUGCAGAAUGUUACAGAAGUUGUGGUUGUCGCUCACAGUCAACGGUUUACCUCACACUUCGGUAGGCCCUUGUGGUUACCUCGUGUCGUGGACAGUACUUCCGGUGUCGGUUUUGUCUGUUACCUCUUUAGGAAUUUGAAACCUACUCGCGGAGAUCGCGGAGACGCUCUUUUUCUUGUGGUUGGUUAGUCGCGGUGUUUGUGCAGUUGGCACCGAGCCAGGUGCUGCACUGGCGUUUAAUUUAUUUAUAUUUAUGUGACACCUGUACCAGCACGGCUAUCACUGUUUCUGUACUGUUGUCGAUAGCGGUUGGGACAUGGACGGCAUGUAAGACUGAAGGGUC